UUUCAGAUGCUUCAUCUCGCAGUUUUGGGUUCAUACUGAUAGGAGCGGUUCUUGUCUCUGCAGUGGAUUUAAGAGCAAGUGUAAUACUAUGACAAAGCACUCAGUCAGUGCGUGUCCUUUCUUUUAGCCUUGACUGGGGGGGUUGGGAGGGCAAAGCAAAUCAUUUAACCCCAGCCACCAUCCUCUGACAAACCACAGCUCUUUCUCUUCAAAAUCGAAAUCUCUCAGCGCAUUCAACCCAAAUGAUAGCUAUGUGACGAUCCGAUUCCUGCAGGUUCCUGAGAUCAGUCUAUAGGAGUCGAGUCUCGUGUGUUUUUAUCGCUCAGUCCUUCAGCGCGCGGCGCGCGGCUUUGGCAACAUGGAGAGUGUGGAGAAGGAGUGCGGUGCGCUGGGUGGAUUAUUCCAAGCGAUCGUCAACGACAUGAAGAACUCAUACCCAGUGUGGGAGGACUUCAGUGCAAAGGCCACAAAACUCCACUCGCAACUCAGGACCAGUGUACUGGCAAUGGCUGCUUUCCUAGAUGCCUUUCAGAAGGUGGCAGACAUGGCAACAAACACAAGAGGUGCUACCAGGGACAUAGGUUCUGCUCUGACCCGAAUGUGCAUGCGCCACCGCAGCAUUGAGGCCAAACUGCGACACUUCACCAAUGCUUUAAUGGAGAAACUGGUCACACCACUCCAAGACAAGAUAGAGGAGUGGAAAAAAACAUCUGCUCUUCUCGAUAAAGACCACGCCAAAGAAUACAAACGGUCUCGACAGGAGAUCAAGAAGAAAUCAUCUGAUACUUUGAAGCUACAGAAAAAAGCCAGGAAAGGUCGAGGAGGGUUGCAGCCUCAGUUGGACAGUGCUAUGCAGGAUGUGAGCGACAUGUACUUGCUGAUGGAGGAGACGGAGAAGCAAGCUGUGCGCCGAGCUCUCCUUGAAGAGCGUGGUCGCUACUGCACUUUCAUUAGCUUCCUGCAGCCUGUAGUGAAUGGAGAGGUUUCUAUGUUGGGUGAAGUAACUCACCUCCAGGCCAUUAUGGAUGAUCUUUCUGUGCUGAUCACUGAUCCACAUAAACUGCCAGAGGCCAGUGAACAGGUUAUCCUGGACUUGAAGGGUUCUGACUACAGCUGGUCCUACCAGACACCCCCAUCCUCCCCCAGCAGUACUGGCUCCAGGAAGAGCAGCAUGUGCAGUUUGGUGCAUCUACCACCAGGUGGCGUUCAUCGCCUGAGCAGCGUCUCCUCUCAUGAUUCUGGAUUCAUCUCCCAUGAUGCCAACAUGCACUCCAAACCUCCAUCUCCCAUGCCAUCAGACAUUAUAAGCCAGAAGUCAUCCAGCUCUGCAUCCUCUGAAGCUUCAGAGACAUGUCAGUCUGUAAGCGAGUGUGGCUCUCCCAUAGCAUUUGGCUCGUCCUUCACUACUUUCCACCUUGCUCACACUUACAAUGGCUCCAUCAGAUCUCUUCCCUUUAUACCCUAUAAUCAUUCCCUUGGAUCACACUCCCCCUCACCCACAACCAAAGUUCAUCACUGGAAGCAACAGGACUGGUCUAAAAUACCUCACUAUGAGCAGCAGGGGGUGGCAAUGCAACGCAGGAGUGAAGUUUUGGAGUCCCCUAAUGGAGCGAGAGGGUCUCUGCACCCUGAGGAUCCUUACAGGACUAGAGUGAAUCCACCAAACAUCAGUAUCAAGCAUGGGAAACCAAUGAUGUCAGCAGCUAGUGAGCUUGCCAUGGUUCUGACACGUGGUCUGAGUAUGGAGCAGCAGAAGAGCAGCUGUGACUCCCUGCAAUAUUCGAGCGGAUACAGCACACAGAACACCACCCCGUCGUGCUCUGAGGAUACCAUCCCCUCACAUGCUUCUGACUAUGACAGCUACUCAAUGAAUGGAGAUGUCGACUGCGAUGCUCAGUCAGACUUUGACAAAUCAUCUACUGUCCCUCGGAACAGCAAUCUGGCCCAGAAUUACCGUCGCAUGAUCCAGACCAAGAGACCUGCAAGCACCGCAGGGCUUCCUGGAGGUGUGGGUGGUCAUGGUGCACUUGGAUCCAAUGGCAAAGGAGGAGGUGGAGGAGCUGUCAUAUCUUCUGGUACAGCCACCAUUCGUCGGACCCCAUCCUCCAAAGCUGGCGUGAGACGCACCCCUUCUAACGUAGGUCCGAUUCCCAUCCGUCCUCCCAUUGUCCCAGUGAAGACACCAACUGUGCCAGACUCACCUGGCUUCCCCAGUCCUCCCCCAGAGCACAAUGGCAGUGAGGAAAGCUUGUACAAUGAGGAAUCUUUGGAGAACCUGGAGUUUAAAGCUUCACCAAAGCGAAUGAGCCUGCCGAACCCAGUGGCUUGGGGCACAGGCACUGGGAUUCGCAGUCAUGUCCAACAGCCUGGAGCUAUGCCUUUCAGCACAGAGGAGGACCAGCUUUUGGCUGCCAACCGCCACAGCCUGGUGGAGAAGAUUGGUGAGCUGGUGGCUAGCGCUCAUGCUCUUGGAGAUGGCCAGUUCCCAUUUCCUACAGAUCCCCAGGCUAUUGUAGGAUGCCAGGAGUUCCCAGCACCCCUAUCAGAAAGUGACGACGUUUUGAAGUCCAUCCGUAGAGGAGUGCGUCUCAGGAAAACUGUCUCUAAUGACAGGUCAGCACCCAGGAUCAUGCGAUAGCUUCACAAAGAAAUUGCUAAAAAGAAUUGUGCAAAUUAAACUACAAACAGCUGGGAUCUAACAAAGGCAGGCCAUUGUCAUGUGCUGUAUAAAUGGACAUAAUUUUUGUCUGGACUAUUGAAAUUGGUAGGAAUACUACCAUAUAUUGGAAAGACUAAAUAUAAUGAAAUUACAGCUUAAGAGAUGAGAAUAAGUUUAAAGUACAUAUUAACAUUCUAGUUAUGUCUUGUAUACUUUGAGUUUUGAUUUGUAAUUAAUAUGUUAAUCAUAUGUUAUUCAAGUGUAACUGAUGUAAAGUGAGUUUGACUAAUUUCCUUUCUCCUUAGGUAAUGGCUUUGUAAAAAAAAAUCCCAAAGUGUCUUCAUGUUGAUUAAAAAGCUGUUGUGUUGAACAGCACCAAUGUAACUUAGUCACACUCAGAAGGGACCACAUGAACAAAGUACUGUAUAUACUGUAAACUGCCAAAUAAAACAUCCCAAGUGUACCACA